UUCCCUAAAGGGGUGACUUGGCGCAUGCGCUGUACGUUCUCCACCGAUUCAGGAUGUUCGUGCUCGCUAAGCGCCGCUGAUGCUGCGGGUUUUGACGGGUCGGCAGCCGGACAGCGAGAGACCGGAACUUAGGGAAUAAUGAACAACAAAUUUGACGCUCUAAAAGAUGAUGACAGUGGAGAUCACGACCAGGACAACAGCUCACCGAAAGAUGGUGAGAAGGAAAGGAAUGAGGAUGAGGAAAAGGACCAAAACACUACCAAGAGGAAGGCUGUGGUUCCUGGGGCAGGGGAACACCCUCUUCAAUAUAACUACACAUUCUGGUAUUCUCGGCGAACCCCAGGCAGACCAGCCAGUACACAGAGCUAUGAACAGAACAUUAAACAGAUCGGCAGCUUUGCUUCGGUGGAGCAGUUUUGGAGGUUUUACAGUCACAUGAUCAGGCCAGGUGACCUGACUGGCCACAGCGACUUCCACCUGUUUAAGGAGGGAAUCAAGCCCAUGUGGGAGGAUGAUGCUAAUAAGAGUGGAGGGAAGUGGAUAAUUCGGCUUCGGAAGGGUCUGGCCUCACGCUGCUGGGAGAAUCUGAUUCUGGCCAUGCUGGGUGAGCAGUUCAUGGUUGGUGAGGAGAUCUGUGGCGCUGUUGUCUCUGUCCGCUUCCAGGAGGAUAUCAUAUCUAUCUGGAACAAAACAGCAAGUGAUCAGGCCACUACUGCUCGUAUCAGAGACACACUUCGCAGAGUCCUCAACCUACCACCAAACACCAUAAUGGAGUACAAAACACAUACUGACAGCAUCAAGGCUUGGGAGGAUUUCCAUGGACUGGUGAAUGCUAGUGGUGGCCGCUAGGUCUUUCUCAUUGGUGAACGAUGUCAGGGGCUACCUUCAUUGUGGAUGAAGAGGACUUUCCUGGGGCAUACAACUCAUUUAUGAAAUACCAUUGUUUUUUAUUAGAAAACAAAAAAGGGAUAUUGACUACUGGAAAGUCCAUUUUCCUGGUCAAAAUAUCUGAUCAGCAGAAAUGCCACUAAGAAUGAAGGUGGAGUCAAACGACAAGUAAAAACGUUUUUGAAUAGCUAAGAAACUUAAGCUAGGGAAAGAACAAGCCUCAAAAUUUGUUGCUACUGUGGUUAUGAUGAAGGCUGAUUAACAAAACCAAUCAAAUGUAAUUUGGUGCAUAAUUGUUCAUAAAGACAUAUUGACCCCAUCUGACAAGUUAUUCAGCUUCACAUAACCCAUCCCUCUUAAAGUUUUUAUUUUAUAUUGCCAUUAACAGGGUUACAUUUUACUAUAGUGCAGUAUUUUAAUUUCAGUGUUAAAGUUUUUGUUUUUGAAAUUAUAGGAAACAAAAAAUAUAUUUUCAAAGAUUUUUGAAGAGAUAUAUGAUGGAUACUGUUCUAGAUAAUUUUUGUUUUAAUCUGAAUAUGUUGAAGCUUCGACUUAAAGAUAUCACACUGUGCCUGCUUCCCAGAAGCACUCAGCAUUCUGUGAUUUUGCAUUUGAAAGGAAUUUUCAUGAUUAAUGCAGUCAGCUGAAAAAUCGUGAUUACCAACAAGUAGAAUCCACCAUGAAGAAGAAUAACCAAUGUGGAUUUGGAACUUGGGAUGGGUCAUGGUUUGUCUACAUCUCUUACAUACUGCCUGGAUUUAUAGACUUGAGUGCGUUUGAAGUUAUGUUUGGAUUGCAAUUAAAGUUAAAUAUGCAGUUGCUGCUACCACUGACUUGUGGUUGUACUUUUAGUGAUGUACUUUUGGCAGGGUUUAACAUGGAAGAAACACUGAGGCCUGUAAGCAGUCUGAUUUCUACUUGAUCAGAUUUGAUCUAUCUGCAUGUACUUCAUUUGAGAACAUUUAAAUGAAAACAGUGACUUGAGAUUCACUUGUAAGACUUCAGUUUGAUUAUUGGUUUACCAGAUAUUGCUGUAAAAUAUAUGAAUCACCAGUAGCACUUAAAAUGAUGAAGAUUAAAAUCCUGAGAUUUAUUAUAUCUGCGUAGAAACCCAUUGAAAAAUGUGUCAGGACAAGAGAUCAUUAAACAACUUUAAUAAGUCUUAUGCAUUAUACAUAAUGCAAGUACAAUUAAAUGUCUGUUAUGCAAUAUUUCAUAUUACGCAUAAUUAGGAAUAUUAUUCAUAUUCUCCAGUAUUAUGCUCAUACUAUCCUUUCCUCCUGCCAGAGCCUAGAUUACUGGUGUUAAUUAAUAGAGCAGAUAAUUGUUUAAAAAAGAAAAAAGAAAAAAGGUUCAGGCAGUAUUUGAGUUUGACACCCCUGAAUUAGACUUUGCCUCUAAAACAAAUAGAUGUUUGGAAGGCUUGCAAGAAAGAGUCUUUUCCUGGAAGUGACCCUGAACCCCUGAAGGUAAAGUGGCACUGAAUCUGCAUCUGGAAUUGUUAAUUGUGUUAGGGAUCAUUCAGGUUUUAUGGCCUGUGAUCCAGGGGCCCUUGUUAGGACCAGUGGCAUGAAUUUUACAGACGUUCCAGGAUAUUGUAGUUAAAAAAACUUUGCCUCUGCCAGGCUUGUCUACAGCUAAUGUCAAAUGCACUAAGCAUGUAAAUCAACAAAGAAAUUGUUUCAAAAACACAAAGUGACUUGUAUGCUGUUAUUCUCACUGUCUUUAUUUAAAAUCUAGAAAGACUGUAAAAGGAUUUAAAAGGCCAAUUAAAAAGUAUGAUCAGUUUUGGUCCAUGUGCUACAGUAAAAGUAUCCCAAGCAAUAAAAAUUCACUGAAUUUUAAUGACAAAUUUGUUAAAUGAGUAGAGAGAAGUAUUGUUGAAUUUUUUUUGUCUUUGGACUGCAAAUAACUAGUUAUCAGUAAGGUGUUUUAAAAGAAUUAAUUGAAAUAAUAGUUUAAAUAAAUGGUUAUAUUUUAAAAAGCAUUUUGGUUAAUGUAACUGUGGUUUAAUGACACAGAUAUUACUAUCAAAAUUAUACAUGCCAUCCUAAUAUUUCAAAGUUUUAUAAAGCCAUACAGUAGCUGACAUAUACAGUGUUUACAGUCCAUCGCUGCUGGUUUUCAAUUGUUCUCUUUUGUUUCAGCUCAUUUCAAAAAACAUGUAAUUCUGGGAAAAUAAAACAUAAUAUUUAGUUCUUUGA